AUGAACGUAUUAACAUGGCUCAGAAAACACAGAAUUGUCUUCGGAACGGACAUUGUCAAGAUGUUCAGACAGAUUCGAGUGCAUCAAGACAAUUCGGAUCUCCAGAGAAUUUUCUGGAUCAACGAAAAUCAGCAGCAGAUCACCUACCAACUGACCACAGUCAACUACGGUCUCAAUUGUUCUCCAUGGCUAUCUCUACGAGUUCUCCAACAAUUAAAAGAGGAUGAAGGACAUCACUAUCCAGCAGCCGUCGCGACAUUCACCAAAGGUCGCUACGUCGACGAUAUCUAUGGCGGAGCUGAUCCAGAAGAAGAAUUGGGAAUCUCAACGAGCAAAGCAAUUAUCCAGUUCGAGAAGCCUAUCACCAAAGUGCUCGGAUUGUAUUGUCAUCAAUCGUCCGAUACAUUUCGAUUUAAAUCAAAGCAGUUUGAGUCAGCAAUAGUCACCAAGAGAGUAGUAGCAUCAGAAAUUGCUCAAGUGGUUGAUCCAUUGGGAUUCAUUGCUCCACUAAUCACCCGAGGUAAGAUAAUCAUCCAAGAUCUAUGGAAACUCAAGUUGACUUGGAACACACCACUUCCAAAAGAGUCUGAAGAUCAAUGGACGAGCUUCAGAGAGAACCUCAACCAACUGAAUCAAGUCUCAGUGCUAAGGUGGCUGAGACUAUCAUCGGAGACAUCGAGCAUCCAGAUCCACGGGUUUGCUGAUGCGUCAACGGCAGCUAUGAGCGCAGUGGUGUAUAUCCGCACCAAGCAAAUCAAUGAACCAGCAUCAACGGUAAUGGUAUGCGCUAAAAUAAAAAUAGCUCCCCUCAAGCGCAUGACCAUCCCUCGACUCGAGCUAACAGCAGCACUCAUGCUUACUCAACUAGUAGUUGUAACUCAGCAGAUGCUGGAACUCAACGCAGUAGACAUGUAUCUAUGGUCUGAUUCAAGUGUAGCCCUAGCGUGGAUCAAGAGUCACCCAUCGAGAUGGAAGGAUUUCGUCCAAAACCGAGUCAUCAAGAUCCAGGAAUCCCUUCCAAACCCUACCUGGAGACACAUCAGCGCCGAAGCAUCAGCAGAAACAAGGCCAACUCCAUCACAUCAGACAUUUAUCAAGGUCAACGCCGUAGCAGAGCUCCUCAACAGAUACUCAACACUAGCCAAGUUCCUCCAAGUAACAGCCACCCUGAACCGAGCCAUCGACACGUUCAGAAGACAGCCAGUCCCUCAAACACCGGUCUUAACCUCUAGAGAACUCAACGAAGCCAGACUGUUUUGGGUAAAAAUUACGCAAUAUCAAUAUCUUGCAUCUGUUCACAGGCUACUUGAGAGAGACCAUCAAAUACCACGGAGGCAUCCACUAGCAAAGCUGACUCCAACUCCAGACAAUGAGAGCAUCUUCAGGCUAGGUGGCCGCCUUAAGAAUUUUCAACUAGACCCUGACGAGAUUCACCUAAUUAUCCUGCCUCAUCAGUCUCGUUUAAUACCGUUGGUCAUCGCAGAAGCUCACCGAAGGACACUCCAUGGAGGAACUCAACUCACCCUAGCCCAUACACGCCAGAAGUAUUGGAUCAUCGGCGGCAGAUGCACUGUGAGAGCAUAUAUCUCAUGCUGCCCUGCCUACAUCCGACAUCGUGGACGACAGGCCCAGCAGCUAAUGGGCCAACUGCCUGCAGUGAGACUAUCACCUUCACGAGCAUUUCUCCAUACGGGGGUGGACUAUGCCAGCCCAUUCCCUAUUCUCAAAUGGCGACCCACAAUUGCCCAACCAUCUAGCGUUCAUAUUGCAGUAUUUGUGUGUUUCAGUACAUCAGCAGUCCAUUUAGAGCUCGUUUCCAGGCAGACAACAGACGCAUUCAUCGGAGCCUACAAGAGAUUCACCGGAAGGAGAGGCAUCCCCGACGUUAUGUACAGUGACAACGCAACCACGUUCGUUGGCACCUCAACAGUCCUCAACAAGAUGUGGUCCAGAGAGUGUCUUCAAAGGUACCAAGCUAUCUACAAGUGGAAUCAACGACGAGAGAACAUCAAAGUUGGAGACAUGGUCCUGAUGGUCGACGAGGACCAUCCACCAGCAAAAUGGACGAUCGGUAGAGUAGUGGCAGUUCACCCAGGAGAAGAUGGCCUCGCAAGAGUUGCAAUCAUCAAAACAUCACGAGCAGUAGUACUAACUCGACCAGAUGGUACCCCCAACAUCCAGAGAAUCACCAGUAGCAGCAUCACAUUCAUCAGACCCAUCAUUAAGCUCUGUCUCCUACCGACAGACCCUCCACCAGCAGAACAUCCCCCAGAAGACGAUCCCGAGCCAGUCAACGAGUAA